GCGAGAGCGGCCAUGUCCAAGGCGGCGUGGGAGGUGGGCCCCGGCGGGGGCGAGGCGCAGGCGCUGCUGGAGGAGACGCCGUCGAUGAGGAUGGGCCGAGCGAAGACGGAUGAGCUGGACGAGGGGCUCGUCUUCCCCACACUCCUGCGGGAUGCGUGCAGGAGAGACCCCUCGUUAUGCGCCAUGAUAGUGGAGCGUAUGAAGGCACCGCCGUUGCUGCUGUGCGGGGCGGCGAUCUGGAUCAUGGCGUUCACCUUCGUGUACGUGGUGGAGUGGGCACUCGUCUUAAACCCGUUCAACGAGGAGUACUUUUACCGGUACCCCAGCGGACUUGGCUACAUCUCGUCCACGUUUUCGGACCUGAGCCACAGACAUUCGUCCGUGCAGGCGAGUGUUUUCCAAAAUUUCGGCAUGGUCUCUGCGAUCUCGAUCCAGACAAGUUGGUACACAGAACUGCUUCGGAACGUACACACGCAACAGCAGCGAGUGCGGUUCCUGGGCGUGCGCUGGUCGUGGUUCCGAUUCAUUGUUCCAACCAUGGGAAUGAUUUUGAUUUCCGGCGUCCCCACGGUCCCAACGAUCGUGUGGAUGGUUUCGCCUGGCAAGUGUUUGCUCACACGUGUCCUUGUCAAUGGCCUGGGCUGCUGGUCUGUUUUUCUCAGCUACACGUUCUCGGAGCUGCACUGCCUGGGCUACUGCGAAUUCCUAACGGUUCAGGACGAUUCUGCCGGGAGUUUGCCUCAUCUGUCCGCCGCUGAGAGGAAGUGGCGGUUGUGGUCCGUCUCUGGUGCCGUGCUCUGCUGUAUACUCUUCCUCCUCGUCCAGGUUGUGCUCUUUCUGGUCCAGCAGUGGUGUCCUGGAGUUGGCAAAGGCGGUCUCAACACGCUCCUCAAUGAGCAUUGUGACGAGUGGGCACCCGUGGGCGCCUACGUUGGUCUCAAGGAGAACGGUGUGUGGUCAUUGGUUGAGCCUGACUUCGAAGGCAGGCGGGUCGAGAUUCAGAAUAGGCCAGAGGUGAUCAACACAGCCUCUGGCGUGAUUGCGUUGGUCAAAGCGGCCUCUCUCACCUUCGAGUACGUCGGCAUGGUCAUGUUUUGCCUCAACAUCUUCGCAAUCUGGUAUUUCUGCGAGGAGAGGCACUUCCAUCGCGAGUACCUCUGCGUCGACGGGCUCGACACCGAACCCGUGGAGCCAUCAGCAAACGAGGCCCGGGAGCAGCUGGCAAGCAACUUUGGGCAGGAGGAGCUGGCGCAAAUGCGCAUAAGCCUGAGACCUAAGACUAGGCCGUAG